AUGUACACAAUGAAUCAACUACAGGACACUGGAUACGUGUUUCUGAGGCUUUCUUCUCACUCCUCUCUUCUGGCGAUCAAAUUUGUCGAAAUCUAUAUAUGCCUUGCGUCGCCUCCCAUUCCUCCUCUCCCUCUUUUCUCCCCAUCAUCUCACUUUUAUAUAACCACCUCUGAACCUGUCGAGGACGUCGUCCGGGCCAGUCCCGGCGUGGCCUCACAGUCCCCGGGCCUAUGCCCGGGUCCUUUGCCGCCCGUCCAUGACGAGUUGGGAAAGAUGUUCUUAAUGCAUCCCAACCGUCGGGGGAGGUCAGGGAGACUUUGUAGCUUUCGGGACUCUUCGCGGCUCUCGCAACAAUGGCAAACGUUCGGUCGACCGGUCCCCUGCUUUGACCCUGUCGGAGUGCAUCCCACCUCGCACGCCUUGCCAAAGGAUGGCCAAGUGGUCUUCAGUUCGGGCGGGAAUGAUGCUCACCACAUUCAGGCAGUCGGUCCAGCCCUGGCAAUCUCAACGAUUCCAUCCAGGAUCGGGUUGUCUCCGGCCGAGCUGCAUGGUACUGGGACUGCGACGUUUGCGCUCCGCGGCCUUACGACCGUCUCUCGCCAUGAUUCGUGUCGCAUUCUUCCCCCGCUUCGCGAGCCAAAGGAGAGAGAACAAAACGGGCGGCCGAUUUUUCAGUCCAUCGACGGCGACGAACCAGCAUCCAGUUGCUGCAGAGUCCACGGACGGAGAGCAGUAUGGGCCGCCGUCCUCCCCUUUUCGAGAGCCCCUGGACGGAGAACGCCAAACUCCCGCCGCUUGCGAAAGUUUACCGAAAUGAUCCAGGUCCUAGCCGCCGUUCUUUCCUCUCCGAUUCCCCAUGGAUGGAGAACAGAUCUUCUCUCCGUGGAUUCCUCUUCGAGAGUCCACCGACGAGGAGCAGUACGGGCGCCCUCUGUCACAGGUCCGGUGGUCUAUCACUCCAGGGAUGGACCGAGGCACAGCGUCGAGAGUUGUCACCACCAAGAACAUAUACACGAUGGAACCAGAGACUCAUCACGGUCUGACAUCGACACCCUGAAGCUUUGCAGCUGUGGCAGACAUAACAUCGUCGUCGUCCACCUAAACCCUCCAGCAAUAAGGGUUAUGUCGAGACAACACCCGGGAGGAUGCGCACUAGCCCGGCGGCCUGCCAUUCACUGGACAUCGCAGUCCCUCGUUUCUCCUCUUCCAAAGAGUGUGCCUUCCGAGGAAAGACGUCCACUGCAGGGAGGACUAUCCCUCAACGAAUUACCACAUACACCUACCAUCUGUUUGAGCCCGAUCAUGUCCCCGACCAGCCGUCGCCCCACACAUCGCCUCACACCAAGGACGGUUGAUGCCGUGUUGCAAGAGAUGCUCGGAACACAUGUGCCGUUGGGGAUUGUCACGGCCGCGAUCGAUUACUCUCAAUUGGGGAAAUUCACGAUCGAAGUCCAGAAACCCCGGGAGAGAUGA